CCCAAGCUCUGCAGAAGAAGGAUUACACUCCCCUACAACAACACUGAUGCUUGCUGGCUCUCUCGAUGGACUACAAAGGAAUGUUAUCAGUUCAUGUCCACAAGGCCAUGGGGAAAAGUUAAUGAUUUUUACUCAAACAUGGUGAAAAUGCUGCAUGCCACUGCCAGAAUUGUUUGGAAAGGAGUGUUGUACUUGAUGAAAACUCAGCUGCUAAAAGAAAAGAAUUUACCAGUAGAAGGCUGUGCUGUAGUCGCUGGGCAUAAAGACAAAGGGGUGUCUGCUUCUAAACAAGUUUGCUCUUUCUAUACAUGGAGAAAGGAUAGAAGAGCUCAAGAUAUUGAAGAAGCCAUUAAUUGUGCAGCACCUGGGAAGAUAAGGAUAGUUUCUGUUACUAAGGUAUCUUGUGAAUUUCAUCUUAAUUUCUCUGCUAAGUGGAGACGCUUGCCUUUCAAUGAUAAAACUGGGUGGGACCACACCAAACUGUUUGAUGUUGAUGACAAGGAUGAAGAAGAAACAGGAAAUAAACCAUCUAGGUUUCUUUUAAGCAGUUUUAACCAUCUUCUACACCAAUUGGGAGGAAAAUUACUAUCCUACAGGAUGUUUGCAUGAGAUAUUAAAAAGGAUGGGACCUGUGUGAAAAUGAUGUGCAUUGAGUUGGUUGCUAACCGUUUCCUGCGCAAGGUAGUUCCUUCAAUUAAUAGCCUUACAAUUAGGGAAGUGGCAGCUGCUGGCGCCGAAGUGGAUGCACUGCUAAAGUCGAUGAAUGGCACAGAUAGACAUGCUACUGCUCCGCCUGCACGUCCGGAUGGCCUUUGUCUUCUUGAUGUAGGAUAUACAGAAUUUGAUAAAGAGUUGCCGUAUUCCUUGAGAAACUGAAUCUCCGUGUACAUGAUGGAUUGGCCAGGAUUAAUUCAUAUUUCUACAUUUUUGUAUUAACAUUAUUUUCAUUUAAUCUUAUGAUGUUUGAUGCGAAUAA